AUGGGAGGUGCCCAGACAAAGCAACUCGGAGGGUUUCGGGUAUGUAAUUAUGGAGAAAAUAGUCUGGGAAGAUUAUUGGAAUUGGAAAGAAGCUUUGACUAUAUUGUGGGGAUUGACGGAGUUCCUCUAACUCAAGUUUCGGAUGCUUCUCACGACUUUUUUUUAAAAAGAUUGAAGGGGGUUGGAAAGUACCAGGUUAAAAUAAAUAUAUAUAACUCCUUGUCAACCAGAAUAAGAACCAUAAUACUUAAUCCAUAUAAAUAUAAUGAGAAAACCGAAGGAAACACAUCUAGUAGGAGAUGUUCAACCGAAUCUGAAAAGGAUGGAUUGGGAAAGAAUGCAUUUGUUGAUGGAAUUGAAUCUAAUAUGGUUGAAUUUGACGCUCCUUUAAAUUCUCUGAGAGUUUACCAAUUCUUAAGUUAUGAUGAUCGAAUUUCUGGACUUGGAAUUGGGGUCCAUUGGGAAGAGAUUUCGACAAAGGGGAUUAAAAUUGUGAAUGUUCAAGAUUCAUCUCCUGCUCAGGCUUCCGGGUUGAUCUCAAAUGAGGAUUUCAUAGUUGCAAGCAGUACAUUAAUGAGACCUUUCUAUUCCACGGAUGACUUUUUAGCAUUUGUUAAGAAAAAUGAUAAAGUUUCUUUAUCUUUUAUUGUAUAUAAUACAGAAACAGAAGUUAUUAGGGAGUUAUUUAUAACUCCAGAUUCAAACUGGGGAGGGAAGGGACUAUUGGGAUGUGAUAUUGCUGCAGGCCCACUUUAUGAUAUUCCUCUAAGAGAAAAGGAGGUCUCAUUUUCAAAACCUCACCAUGGUAAUAUUACAUAUAUAGAAGUAAUAUCUGAAAGCGAAGAUGGACAAGGGCCAAUUCGGUAUAGUUUAAAAGAAGAAAAUGAAGUUAUUUCCAAGGAUAUCUUACAGAAAGAAGAAAGUGAAGACAAAGACAUUAGCCAACAGAGUCUUAAGACCCAACUGAAUAAAACUUCUAGAGAAAAUCUGCUUGUUAAAGAUUAUUCUUUUGAUUUAUAUAGAAUUAAGCAGUCAGAAGAGUCUCAGUUUGAUGAAAAACAAGAUAUCAUUGAACAAGCGUUAAUCAAUUCAGGUAUUAAUAAGGUUCCAGACUUUUCAGAUCAUUUGAAUAGGGGACCAAUAGAAGUCCCAAACAUUGAAAAUAAUCAGGAAGACUCCGAAAGUCACACAGAGUCGAAUAUAAAUACAUCAGAAUCAUUCCUCAUUAUCUCAGAUCUUAAUGAGCAAAAAGAUUCAAUCACUGACUUUAAAUCUUCUCCCACCAGCUCUGAUGAAGGGCAAAAUAUCAAAAUCAGUACAGAACUUUCCAGCAACCAUCAAAACAGUAAUCCAACUCAAGAGCAGGGAACCCCAGAAAUAUUUGUAAAUCCAGAAGUAAACUCAAACGAAGUCUACGAUUCUGGCUCAGACCACUUAAUUUCUAUCAGUUCCGCUGAAACCUCCCAACAUCAAACUCAAAACCAGAUACAGAAUUCCACUUAUAAAGCAAAUUCUCAUUGUUCAAAUUCCUCUUCAACACAACAAAUCUCGGCUGAAGAUGUCUCGGAAGAAAAGACCGGAGCUCCCUAUUAUGUUUCCAAAUCAUCUUCAGAGCCAUUUCCCGCCAAUUCCCCCAAAUCCGAGGUUAGUUCUGGAAUGCAUUUGCAUGCUGAUUUGCAUGUUGUGGCGGGAACUGCCCACUUAAUUUCUGGGGAAAGUACUGAGAAAAAAGAUUUGCAAUCAAAUUUAGGUUUAGAAAGAGCUAAUUGUGAGAAUAAAGACCUUACUUGUAUUGACAACCAUGAUAUUGAUACAGAAGAUUCAGUAUUAAAAGACCUAAGAGUUAAAGCUGAAGGAGUUUCUAAAUCUGAGACUGAACAAAGAGGCGAGUUUAGCUUAGCAUUGGAGAAAGAAGAUAAUGCCACAAAAGUAGAGAAUCAGAGUGGACCUGUAAAGAGCCAAAAUGAUCAAAUCAAAGAAAUCAAUUACGAAGCCAGCAGAAUUGGAACUUUAGACUCUUUGGGAGAAAGACACGAAAUACAAGAAAAAGACCAGGAACAAAUCCCCUGCAAGAAUAUAGAAAUUAUGUCUCCCGAAGAUGAAAGAGCAUGUGAAAUUCUCAAAAAGCUAAUUGAAAUUCACCCAAGACUGGACUACGAUCCUCCAGGGACUAUAGAAUAUACGGAUCAAGGAGAAAUAUAA